AUGACAAGCUCUCUGGUAAUACGUGUAGGAGGACUAGAGGGCAGCAAUGUUCCCCGGAGGGCCCUUGGCGCAUCCAUCUCAAUCCCACCAGUCGAGCUUGUCCCACCUGGGCAAGCCUCGCCCGAAGUCCAGGUGCUUGCGGCUCUCGUGUGGAUUCGAUUCGCAGCUCGUUCACUGGCAGCUUCGGAUGCCUGCGUGGGCGUUGACAGCCCAACGUCGCUGCACGACCAGCCCGGCUAUCACCAGAACCAGCAACAACAGCAACAGCAACCUCAGGCUGCUGGCCAGGCCUCUGCCACGUCCAAGAAGCGCUCCGCCCAAAAGAUCAUCAAGGGCCUCUUCUCCGGCCGUGGCCACGACAGCCACCGUGAUCAGCAGAACCCCUCAUCGUCAGCGUCUUACGAUAACACCGUCGGACUCGCCCGCAGGCCGUCCAAGAGAGUCAGCACGCUUAGCCAGCAGCAGCAGCAGCAGCCGCCGCCAAACCUCAAGACUGGCCUUGCCGUGUCAGACCGCGAUUGGCACUCGCACACGCCCAGCUCGUCCGUGCACCAGACGUCGCCGCUGCAAGGAGUGGGCGAGGCUGAAGAGUACUACGCUGCAGACCAGUAUCACGACCUGCAGCAGCAGCAUCAGCAACAACCCGAUCUGCGAAUCGACCCACGACACUCGGCUCACGACCAAGCCUCCAACGUUGCCCUGCCGCCCUCACAGCCCGCAAACCAACAGCAAAUCUCGCAGCCCGCCAUGGCACCGCCUGGAGGAGGAGGCGUACCGACGAAUCGCCGGCCGGCCGAUGCUGAAAAGGCCCUGCCUGGAGCGCCGCCGGGAUAUCGUCACACGCACACAAACUCAAACAACCUGAACGCGCCCGGCGCAUCUCUUCAGCCCGGCCAACAGCCUGCCAGCUCAACCGGCGGCGCAGCCGCUGCCUCUGGUGCUGCAGCCGGCGCUGGCGCUGCUGCUGCCGGUGCUCCUCCGCGAUACGAAGCAGCGACUGGCGACCAAGGCCGGAAUAGCCCUCAGCCUUCUACCCACGAGCGUGACAGUACCGAAUCUGAUAAAGCCUUUAAGGAACUGCUCACAAAGUACAAAAACGUCAAGCGCCUUUAUUUUGAUGGCAAGUCUCAGAUCGAACAGCUCAACGGCCAAGUUGAGCAUCUGCAGAAUGCCGUCGCCAAUCAACGCAUGUCGCAGUCGCGCACCGCGUUGGACGACAACGAGUAUGUCAACCGAUUCAACCGACUGAAUGGCGCCAUCAACAAUCUAGCAUUCAACAUCCGCAAGGACUGGCGACGCCUGCCGCAGUGGCUGGAGAAUUAUGUCAGCCCCGACGCCCUCAAGACAGGAAAGCAGGAGAUGACGGCAGUUGGCAGAGCCGUCAUUACCAAGUGGAUUGUGGACGAAGUCUUCAACAAGUGCUUCCACCCAGACCUAGACGCGGCCCUUAGCGCCCAGCUCAAGGAAAUUGAACUCAACAUCCGGGGCAAUGCGUACACCAUGCACAGCCAGGAAGAGUUUGAUGCCUUGACCACCAAGGUAGUCAACUGGCGAAUGGCGACGCUGGACGGCCUGCAGCAGAAGCUGAGCUCCUCAGCGGCGGCCGACAACCGAGCAUCAUUAAUUACUAAGACGCAGACGAAUCUGACCGCUCACCUGUAUCAGUUCCUGAUCGAGCCGCCACCGGCCGGGGUUGACGGCAGUACCUCGAUGAUUAUGGAGCUCGCUGUCGGCAUUGCGGCCAACAUGCCCCGAGAGAGCCGCGACGUCACCAUCCAGUAUCCGCUGCCGGGCGACGUGCUGCAGGCCGGCGUGAUGGACGUUGAAAAGACGCCGUUGCCCCCCCUGGACGGCCAGAAGGAGGGAGAGUCUAGCAAGCCAGAUAGCGACGCGGACAAGGACAAGAGUAGCAGCAGUGGAGACUCGAGCAAAGCUGGCUUCGCCAAAGAUGCAAGUCGGGUGCGGUUUGCAGGAUUUGUGGCUCUCGAAGUAAGAGGCCGGCAAGUCUUGGUGAAGGCACCAGUAUGGGCGAUGUAG